AUGACUUCCACUGGAAUGAACAUGAGCAAGAUCAUCUUCUACGAGGAGAAGAACUUCCAGGGUCGCUCCUAUGAGUGCAUGAGCGACUGCUUCGACAUGUCCUCCUACCUGAACAGGUGCCACUCCUGCAGGGUGGAGAGAGGCUGCUUCAUGGUGUACGACCGCACCAACUACAUGGGAAACCAGUACUUCAUGAGGAGGGGCGAGUACGCCGACUACAUGAGCAUGAUGGGCAUGAGCGACUGCAUCAAGUCCUGCCGCAUGAUCACCAUGCACAGGGGAUCCUACAGGAUGAAGAUCUACGAGAGGGAGAGCUUCGGAGGUCAGAUGUAUGAGCUGAUGGACGACUGUGAUAACAUCAUGGAGCGUUACCGCAUGUCCAACUGCAUGUCCUGCAACGUGAUGGAGGGCCACUGGCUGAUGUACGAGCAGGCCCAGUACAGAGGCAGGAUGAUGUAUGUGAGGCCCGGCGAGUACAGGAACUUCAUGAACAUGGGCCAUAGCAACAUGAGGUUCAUGAGCAUGAAGCGCAUCACCGACUCCUGCUUUUAG